AUGUCCGAUCGAAAAUCUAAAGGAUCAUCAUCAUCUAUUCAUCGAUCAACAUCGUUAAAUGAACAUGAACCAACUAUUGAUAAAAAACGAGAAAAUGAUGAUCAAGUAUAUGCAAGAUUGUCACCGAAUCGAGACAGUCAAAUGACAGUAAUAUUUCGACCAGAACAACCAUCUCCAUUAUCAACUACUCCUCAAUCAAAUUCUUCAACGUCCGAAAUCAGUCGAUCACGUGCAAAGACCAUUUCAACAGCUAGUACUACACACGAAGGUGAAAGUUCAUCAAUUCCAUCAACUGGUUUUAAUUUUCUUCAAUCAAUCAGAGAUUUAACACAUCAAGAAUUAAAUCGUGCUAAUCCAUUAGGUCUUCUUGGGAAAGAAGUUAUAUUAGCAACAGGAACAACACAUUGUCCAGAACCAAUACCACCUAAAGAAAUUGAUGAAAUAUUAAUAAAUAAUAUAAAAACAUCAUCAUCAACAUCACCAAUUAGUGAUAAUGAACCUCAACAAUUACAUUUUCCAUUAAAUGAAGAAGAAAAAAUUCGAAUGCAACGACGUCGUUCAACAUUAGCUAAUAUAACUGAUAUGACACUUCCACCAUGUCCAGCUGAAUUUAUUCCAAAUAAUAAUGAUCAAGAUUUACAACCUCAUCUUUUUUCUCAACCAUCACCAGGUACAAUGGUUGCAGAUUUUAUACCUGAUACAAUGACAAUUAAUGUUUUUGAAGUCUUUAUUUAUGCUUGGGGUGUAUUUGCAUUCUUUUUUGAUAUGGUUACUGAUCUUGUUUUGGCACAUGCUUAUUAUUUAGAAGGUGCCUAUUGGUUAUUUAUAUUAACAUUAAUGUGUGUUGUCUUACCAAAUUUAACACUAUCAGUAUUUUCACUUGUUUGGUAUAUUGAUAGUAGUCAAUUAAAAGCCGCUGCUAAUGAUCAAAAUAAAACAGAAUAUGAAACAUCACAUCAAACUACAUUUUGUCAAACAGAUGAUUUAAUGGAAAAAGAUAAUAUUGAAGAUCAAAUUGAUUCUCAUAUAUCACGAAUAAGACAUCAACCACAAAUACCGGAAGAAAAAUUAAAAAGAAGAAAAACUUUUCAUCUACCAUCAACAACUGCUAAUGUUUUAACAUGGAUUAUUCGAAUUAUUAUACUUGUACUUCAACUUGAUUUAUGUCUUAAAUAUAUUCGGGGUUUAUAUUAUACAUGGAAAGGUUUUCAAAAACGUCAUAAUCCAAAAUGGAAACGUUUUUAUUUAACAAAACAAAUUUUAAUUGAUGCUGAUAUUGCAUUAUUACGUGUAUUUGAUUGUUUUAUGGAUUCUGGUUCUCAAGUUAUAUUACAAUUAUAUAUUAUGUUACGACUUGGUUCAAUGUCGAUGAAAUUCGAUACUCUUUUUGCAAAACAAUGUUUAUCAAUUAUUUCAUCACUUGGUUCAUUAGCUUAUGCAUUAAGUGGUUAUUCAAGAUGUUGGAGACAUAUGCAAUUAACACAUUCACCACAAGGUUGGCCAAAAGGUAAAGCACCUCCACAAUUAGUUUCUUGGUGGAGUACAAUUAUUCAAUGGUUUUGGUAUUUAUUUUUAAUAACACCAAGAGUUUUAGCACUUGCAAUGUUUGCUGCAACAUUUCGUUCAUGGUUUUGGAUUAUUCUUGUUGGACAUUGGUUUGGAAUGCUUUUUUGGAUUCUUCGUUUUCGUACAAUUUUUUGUAUUAGUGAUCAAACAAAAUAUAAUCCACGAGAAGCAAUUUUUGAAAAAUGUUACAAUCUUGUUUGUUCAUAUAUAUUUAUAUUUUGCUAUAUGAAUUUACGAAAAGGUGAUACUCGUUUACAUUAUAUUGGUUUUUAUACAAUAUAUUAUAUUGAAAAUAUAUCAUUUUCAAUUAUCUAUGCAAUUCAUUCAGCUGAGACAAAUUCUGUAUUGAAAUAUUCACUUGUAACAUUUGUUUGUGUUGGUUUUUGGUUUGCUGUUUUUUUUCAAUUUAUUUAUUAUCGUUUUCUACAUCCAAGUGAUCAUGUUCGUAUUAAUACAAAACAUAAUGUUGCAUCAAUAGUACGUAUAAGACCUAUACCGCGUUUUAAUCGUAUGAAAAAAUCGAAAUCAUGUGAAGAAAUGAUUGAUCAUAAUGAUUUACAAAAUCAAAAUGAAAAUAAUGAUCUUAGUGAAACAAUAUCUUUACAAUUUAAUUCAAAUUCAAUUAAUGAACGAUGGCAUAAUCGUUUUUCAAAAGAAAAUAGACAAAAACUUAUUUCACAACAACAAGCUAUUGAUCAAAAAGUUAAAUUAACAAGAGCACAAAAACAAUUGUCUGGUACCAACAAUCUUAUUUUUGCUUAUGGUCUGGUCGAUCCCAUUCCGUCAGGAUCGAAUGGUGAAAUUUCUUAUCAUGAAGAUCGGCACGGUUUACGUAUUCUUCCUCUUCGAUCAUAUGCUAAUCCACCAUCCGAAGAUGAAUUUGCUGGACUUGAUUACUUUGAAUUUCGUUUGAAUAAUUACGUCAUUCCAUCAGCUGAUACAACCUAUCACUGUAAAAUACACAAAGCUCCGAAUAAUUAUGCAGUGAAACGACAUGCUAUUGGUCAUAAGACAGUUGUCGAACCAGGCAAUAUCGAUCUUAUUCAUCAUCUACUGAUGUAUGAAUGCGAUUCAACAGCUCAAUUUGAUGAUAAUAAUUUGCCUGAUGGCCCGUGUGAUGAAAUUUAUCCACAGUUAGUAGCGUGUUCAUCGAAUAUUGCAACUGGUUGGGCUGUCGGUGGUGAUUAUAUGGUUGAAUUUCCAAAAGAAGCUGGCUAUCCAGUUGGAGGUAAUUUUUCCAUCAAAUAUUAUAUGGUUCAAAUGCACUAUGACAAUCCAAAUCAAUAUUCGAAUCGUACGGAUAGUUCGGGUAUUCGCUUUUACAUUGGUAAAGAACUUCGUCAAUAUGAUCUUGGCUAUUUGACUUUGGGUACUGAUUCAAGUGCUAUUGCUCUCGCUAUUCCACCAAAAUUAGAGCGAUUUAUCGUUGAUUCGUACUGUUCAGCGGAUGCUACAAUGAAUUUUCCUGAAGAGGGCAUCACAAUUAUUUCUGCUUUUCCACAUACACAUUUGCAAGGUCAAACAGUUUGGACAAAAUUGAUUCGAAAUAAAACAGCUGUACAAUAUUUAUUCAAUGCAGAAACGUAUGAUUUCAAUUAUCAAUACGAAAAUCGUUUACCACAACGGCUUAAACUAUAUCGAGGUGACGAACUUGCUACACGAUGUGUCUACAAUACUAUGAACAAGAAUGUGAUCACUUUGGGUGGUGAAAGAACCAAAGAUGAAAUGUGUCUUCAUAUGAUGACAUACUAUCCUCGAAUGGAGAAUAUGUAUGGCUGUAUGAUGACGCAUAAUCGAGAAACUUGGCAAUCAAUGAUGAAUACUUCCUCAUCGCCUUUCGAUUAUGGUAAAUUACAAGAGUGGCUUCUCAAUCUAACAUGGACACCGGAACGAGCUGUUCAAUGGCAAGAACUCUACAAUACUGCAUCCCGUGUACUUAUCUAUGGUGCAUCACCCAAUCAUCAGCACAGCAUUAUGCCCAGCUUACCCAAAUAUCAAGAUCUCAAACCGGAGCCAUGUACAAAAGGUCAAGCCGUUAGUCAAACUACGACGAUGCGUGGUCAAACUACUCCUAAGUAA